AUGUCAUCAAUAAAGAAGGAAUCGUCCUCUGGUUCAGAAAAUACAGGCCCUUCUGUGUUUUUAAGCGAGAUUAUUGGGAGCUCUGUGACUGUUAGAUUGCACAAUGGUGUUGAAUACUUGGGAAAUUUACAAAGUAUAGAUGGAUACAUGAAUAUUGUAUUAGAUGAAACCAAGGAAUUUGUCGGCGGUGAUCAAGCCAGGAAUUACGGUGAUGUAUUCAUAAGAGGUAAUAAUGGUAAGUGCUUUCUCUAUUAG